AUGGGACAGAUCGAGAAGCGGAAGAAGAAAGGGCGGCCAUCCAAGGCGGAUCUAGCCCGCCGCUCUGCUGCUGCUGCUGCUCAUCCUUCCUCCGGCGCCACCGAUUCCGAGCGGCGGCGGAGCCUCCGCCGCCGGAAUGUGAGGUACAACAACUUCAUCGACUUCGACGAUUACCUGGACGAGUACGAGGAGCAGCAGGCGGAGGAUGAGGAAGAAGAGGAAGUCCCCGAGCCCGAGGAGGAGGAGGACGACGAAGAAGAAGAAGAAGAUGAGCGGAGGAAAGAGAAGAAGCUCGAGCUGGUGCUCAAGCUCCACAACAACGACCAAAGUCAAAUCCAGAACGGCAGCAGCCGCCGCCGCGGCAGGCCGGCGCGUGCAUCUCACGCGCGCGCCGGGACCGCGUCUUCCUCGGAUGAGGAUGGCGGCGACGGCGAGGGGGAGAGGAAGCCGUUGAAGAAGAAGAGGCGAAUCAACGGCCGCGGCGGUGGAGAGAGUGAAGCUGAGGAGGUAGACAGGAGUGAUGGGAAUGAUCAGGGAAACGACGACGAGGAAGAAGACGAUAACGACGGCCAAGAGGAAAGGGAAACGGAUGAUAAAGGUUUGCCGGACUCGGUGCCAGGAACGCCCUCUGAUCGCCUGGAUUCUUAUCCCUUGCCUGAUAAGAAAGUGCUGGAUUUGGUUCUGCACAAGCUUCAAAAGAAGGACACAUAUGGCGUGUACUCUGAACCUGUGGAUCUCGAGGAGCUUCCGGAUUAUCUCGAUGUGGUUGAUCACCCAAUGGACUUUGCCACAGUACGGAAGAAGCUGGGAAAUGGCUCGUACUCCACGUUGGAACAAUUUGAGAGUGACGUACUUCUAAUUUGCUCUAAUGCAAUGAAAUAUAAUUCAUCAGACACCGUAUACCACAAACAGGCACGGGCCAUCCAAGAAUUGGCACACAAAAAGUUUGAGAAGUUAAGGGUUGGCAUUGAACGCUCUGAGAAGGAGCGGAAGUCUGAACAGAAAACGAAGUCCAACUUCUCGGGCAAGAAGCAAAUGAAGAAGCCUCUCAGUAGGGCGAUACAGGAACCUGUUGGGUCUGAUUUCUCUUCAGGUGCCACUCUUGCUAAUGCUGGUGAGGUGCAGAAUGGUCCUAAUGGUGUUUUGGCUGGUGCUUGUGAGAGGCCUUGUAAUGUGGAUGCUCUUGUAGAAGGCAGCUUGUCUCUGGUGGAUAAUAAUCUGGAAAAACUUGAAGAACUAUCAUCAGGGAAGGGUCCUUGGCCCAAGAUUGGAAAGAGACUGUCUGUCUUUGAUGACAACCGUCGUGCAACAUAUAACAUAUGCAGUCAACCUGUUGAGAGACCAGACACGAUAUUCACAACAUUCGAGGAUGAACUCAGGCAGCUGGUUGCUGUUGGGCUUCACGCAGAAUAUUCCUAUGCAAGGAGCAUGGCUCGCUUUGCUGCAACCCUCGGACCAUUAGCUUGGAAAGUGGCAGCUCACAGGAUUGAGCAGGCUUUACCACCUGGGUGCAAGUUUGGUAGAGGAUGGGUGGGAGAAUAUGAGCCAGUCACAACCCCAGUGCUAAUGAUUGAAACACGUUCUCCUAGAGACAAUGAAGUGUUGUUGCCCAAGGUUAAAGCUGUUGUGGAUGGACUAAACGGUCCUGAUGCAACUGCAGUUCCAGCCGCUCAACCUCCACCAGCUAGAGGGACUACAUCACAAGUAAAGCACACAGUGUUCCGUCCAACCUGCAGUGUGGCUGAAGUUAAAAACUCAUUGUUUUCCUCUGCCGCAACCAAGCCAUUUGCUGCAGUCAAUGUCACUCAUCCGCGACAAACUAUUUCUCCCUGGAACUAUGCCGAGACACAGAAUAGGGCUCCCAAGCAGGUUGAACUGAACUUGCCUCCUUCAAACUACCAAAAUGAUGGUGAAGUUGGUGAAAAGCAACUUCCGAAGAGUUCUGGAAUGGCGCCUUCAAAGGUGUGGGAAGCACCGUCAAGAACAGAAAGUCCAAAGCCAAGGGAAGUGCCACCAAGAACAGAUAGUCCAAAGCCGAGGGAGGUGCCACGAAGAACAGAGAGUCCAAAGCCGAGGGAAGUGCCACCAAGAACAGAGAGUCCAAAGCCGACGGAAGUGCCACGAAGAACAGAAAGUCCAAAGCCAAAGGAAGUGCCGCCAAGAACAGAUAGUCCAAAGCCAAGGGAAGUGUCGAGGACAGAGGUUGGUAUGCCACAGUCCCUACCUUGUAAGCAGCUGGACAGUUACGAGCAUGUUCCCCCAGGGUUUCCAAAUGGGAGAAACACUAGCGGUAGUUUAGUAAACAAUGGUAGAUCAGUGACUGCAUCAUCUGAUGGUUUUGGCCAAAUGGGUUACAUUGGAAGGAAUCAGAUGGGCCAUGGAGGACUACACUAUCCUCCGAGGGCACCAGGAGUGGUUCUCACAGACCCAGUGGAGGCAAUGAGAAUAUCAGCAGCUGAAAGGGCUCAAAAGCAUCAACAACCUAGUUCAGGUGGUCAGUCCUCAGCUGGUGAGGCUCCACCGGCUUCAAGGAGCGACAACAGCAAUGCGGCUGCAACUGCUGCCAGAGCAUGGAUGUCGAUAGGCACUGCCGGGGGAGGCUUCAAGCCCCCAGCUGCAGACCAUUCUUCUAGCAACACAAACGGUCAGAUUUCUGCAGAAUCACUGUACAACCCAACAUGGCAACUCCCCCCACGAAUGUUCCAAGGGAAGCUUCCUUUCCCAGCAGCAGGGGUGCAGCAGCAGUUCCAGCAGGCUGAGAAGAAAUUCCCGUUUCAAGCUUUCAUGAGACCGCCUCCUUUCCCCGGAGGAGGUGAAGGACAGGUGCAAGGCGGGAGACCAAUGAUGUUUUCUCCCCAGUUUGUAGCUGCUGAUCUAUCUCGAUUGCAAAUGAUGUCCUCCCCAUGGCGAGGACAAACUGGGCUACCGUCUGAGUCCCAGCCUACUACUAGCCAAAAGCAGGAGACACACACGCUGUCACCGGACUUGAACAUCGGUUUCCAGUCGCCAGGAUCACCGGCGAAACAGUCUUCAGGUGUCAUGGUUGAUUCACAGCAGCCCGACCUGGCAUUACAGCUCUGA